CAUCCGGUUUCCUCCCCAAGUUCAGUCGAGAACAGGCGGAACCUUUCUGACGUGCCUCGGUUGAACGUACGCGGCGGGGACAGUUUAGGCCACCGAGUACCGCUGUUAAGGCGUGCUGCAGUUUGGGGCGGUGCAGGCGUGCGUGAAGGUUUUGUCCGUUUCUUCUUUUGUCGUGACCGACAUGGAAGUGCUAGCGGAGGAAUUUGGAAACCUGACCCCGGAGCAGCUGGCAGCGCCGAUCCCGACUGUAGAGGAAAAAUGGAGGCUGCUUCCAGCAUUUUUAAAGGUGAAAGGCCUUGUGAAACAGCACAUAGACUCAUUUAACUAUUUCAUUAAUGUAGAGAUAAAGAAGAUAAUGAAAGCUAAUGAAAAAGUUACAAGUGAUGCUGACCCCAUGUGGUACUUAAAAUAUCUUAAUAUCUAUGUUGGGCUUCCUGAUGUUGAAGAAAGCUUCAAUGUAACUAGACCAGUGUCUCCCCAUGAGUGCCGCUUGAGGGACAUGACAUAUUCUGCCCCCAUUACAGUGGAUAUUGAAUACACCCGAGGCAGCCAGAGGAUCAUCCGCAAUGCCUUACCCAUUGGCAGGAUGCCCAUAAUGUUGCGAAGUUCAAAUUGUGUUCUUACAGGGAAAACACCAGCAGAAUUUGCCAAACUAAAUGAAUGUCCUUUAGACCCAGGUGGCUACUUCAUUGUUAAAGGAGUUGAAAAAGUCAUUCUUAUCCAAGAACAACUGUCUAAGAACAGAAUCAUCGUGGAGGCAGAUAGGAAAGGGGCUGUGGGAGCUUCUGUUACCAGCUCCACCCAUGAGAAGAAAAGUAGGACUAACAUGGCUGUGAAGCAGGGGCGGUUUUACCUGAGGCAUAACACCUUGUCUGAAGAUAUACCCAUUGUCAUCAUAUUUAAGGCCAUGGGUGUUGAAAGUGACCAGGAAAUUGUGCAGAUGAUUGGAACAGAGGAGCACGUGAUGGCUGCAUUUGGGCCCAGUUUGGAGGAGUGCCAGAAAGCUCAGAUUUUCACACAGAUGCAGGCCCUAAAAUACAUAGGGAAUAAAGUAAGAAGGCAAAGGAUGUGGGGAGGUGGACCAAAGAAAACCAAAAUAGAAGAAGCAAGAGAGCUCCUGGCUUCUACCAUCCUGACCCAUGUUCCAGUUAAGGAAUUCAAUUUUCGAGCCAAAUGCAUCUAUACUGCAGUGAUGGUCCGAAGAGUUAUUCUGGCCCAAGGAGAUAACAAAGUUGAUGACAGAGACUAUUAUGGUAAUAAGCGGUUGGAAUUGGCAGGACAGCUUUUAUCUCUUCUUUUUGAAGAUUUGUUCAAAAAAUUUAAUUCUGAAAUGAAGAAGAUUGCAGACCAGGUGAUUCCUAAACAAAGAGCAGCCCAGUUUGACGUUGUGAAACACAUGCGCCAAGACCAGAUCACCAAUGGCAUGGUGAAUGCCAUUUCCACUGGAAAUUGGUCUCUAAAGAGAUUUAAAAUGGACCGUCAAGGUGUGACCCAAGUCUUGUCACGCUUGUCAUACAUAUCCGCACUGGGCAUGAUGACAAGAAUCUCUUCCCAGUUUGAAAAAACCAGGAAAGUGAGUGGUCCUCGCUCCCUCCAGCCAUCUCAGUGGGGAAUGCUCUGUCCUUCAGACACUCCUGAAGGAGAGGCCUGCGGUUUGGUUAAAAAUUUGGCCCUUAUGACACACAUCACAACUGAUAUGGAAGAUGGACCCAUUGUUAAGUUAGCCAGUAACUUGGGAGUAGAAGAUGUGAAUUUAUUAUGUGGAGAAGAACUCUCUUAUCCAAAUGUGUUUCUCGUCUUUCUCAAUGGUAACAUUCUGGGUGUCAUUCGAGAUCAUAAAAAGCUAGUGAAUACAUUUCGACUGAUGCGAAGAGCAGGAUAUAUCAAUGAAUUUGUUUCCAUCUCAACAAAUCUUACAGAUCGGUGUGUUUAUAUUUCCUCUGAUGGAGGAAGACUGUGCAGACCUUACAUAAUUGUUAAGAAACAGAAGCCAGCAGUCACAAAUAAGCAUAUGGAAGAGCUGGCUCAGGGGUACAGGAAUUUUGAAGAUUUCUUACAUGAGAGUCUGGUAGAAUAUUUAGAUGUGAAUGAAGAAAAUGAUUGUAACAUUGCACUCUAUGAACAUACAAUUAAUAAAGAUACCACCCACUUGGAGAUUGAACCCUUCACUCUUCUUGGCGUUUGUGCUGGCCUGAUCCCAUAUCCUCAUCAUAACCAGUCCCCAAGAAACACCUAUCAGUGUGCCAUGGGGAAACAAGCCAUGGGUACCAUUGGAUACAACCAGAGAAAUAGAAUUGAUACUCUCAUGUAUCUGCUAGCAUAUCCACAAAAGCCCAUGGUUAAAACAAAAACCAUUGAGCUGAUAGAAUUUGAGAAAUUGCCUGCAGGACAGAAUGCGACGGUUGCUGUGAUGAGUUACAGUGGUUACGAUAUCGAAGAUGCUCUUGUUUUAAACAAGGCCUCCUUGGACCGAGGCUUUGGACGGUGCCUGGUAUAUAAAAAUGCCAAGUGUACAUUGAAACGGUACACUAAUCAAACUUUUGAUAAAGUGAUGGGGCCCAUGUUGGAUGCUGCUACAAGGAAACCUAUCUGGCGACAUGAGAUUUUAGAUGCAGAUGGUAUCUGUUCUCCAGGUGAGAAAGUAGAAAACAAACAAGUGCUUGUAAACAAGUCCAUGCCCACAGUGACUCAGAUUCCUUUGGAAGGAAGUAAUGUGCCACAGCAACCACAGUACAAAGACGUGCCCAUAACUUACAAAGGGGCAACAGAUUCAUACAUUGAGAAGGUGAUGAUAUCUUCCAAUGCUGAAGACGCUUUUCUGAUUAAAAUGUUACUGAGACAGACAAGGCGACCAGAGAUCGGAGACAAAUUCAGCAGUCGUCAUGGACAAAAAGGUGUUUGUGGUUUGAUCGUCCCCCAGGAGGAUAUGCCAUUUUGUGAUUCUGGCAUCUGUCCGGACAUCAUAAUGAACCCACAUGGCUUCCCAUCGAGAAUGACGGUGGGAAAGUUAAUUGAGCUGCUGGCCGGCAAGGCGGGUGUGUUAGAUGGCAGGUUCCACUACGGUACUGCAUUCGGAGGGAGUAAAGUGAAGGAUGUAUGUGAGGACCUCGUUCGCCAUGGUUAUAACUACUUAGGGAAGGACUAUGUCACAUCUGGCAUCACAGGAGAGCCUUUGGAAGCUUACAUCUAUUUCGGUCCUGUGUACUAUCAGAAACUGAAACACAUGGUGCUGGAUAAAAUGCAUGCCCGGGCCCGGGGACCACGAGCCGUCCUUACCAGGCAGCCCACUGAAGGACGAUCUCGUGAUGGUGGCUUGCGUCUUGGAGAAAUGGAACGUGACUGUUUAAUUGGCUACGGAGCCAGUAUGCUUCUGCUAGAGAGACUAAUGAUUUCAAGUGAUGCCUUUGAGGUUGAUGUCUGUGGGCAGUGUGGACUUCUGGGGUAUUCCGGCUGGUGCCAUUACUGCAAGUCAUCGUGCCACGUGUCUUCCCUCCGCAUUCCGUAUGCCUGCAAGCUGCUUUUCCAGGAGCUGCAGUCUAUGAACAUUAUCCCCAGGUUAAAACUGUCCAAGUACAAUGAAUGAGAUGGAGAAGGUGGGUGAGUGAAAGCAGUGGAUGGUAAGUUUGAUGCCGUGGAAAGCAGAAGGGACUGAGAACUGUUUCUGAGAAUGACUUCUGGGAUUAUUUUCUCUCAAAAACAAACAGAACUGAUGGAGAAGCUUUGUUGUUCUAGAAGACUGACUAGACAGCCUUCAUCAGUGAGCCCCGAGCCACGGGAGAAAUGCUGAUGACAUGGACUGCAGUGCAUUGGAUCCACAGUGGACAUGACCUAAAGGAUAAACAAGCUUUUAUUUAUGAUCUGUAGCUUGAAAUCUACUCAGUAGAGAGACCUUACUCCUUAAAAAGAAAGUUUGGGUUUAAAUUCCCCACGAUAUCUUCUGGUUAACAAAACUUAAGGUUCUCAGGAACCUUUGAGGAUGAGAAGAAUUGCCUGAGUUCAUUCCUGAACUCAAGUUGAGGUGUGUGAUUGUGAGCAGGGUGAGGAGGCAGCAGGGCUGUGGGAAGCUGAGAUGAAUCCGUAAAGUGCUGGAUUUCUUAUCUGGUUCUGUGAGGGGAUAAAUUUUCCCAACAAUUAAAUCUUGCCAUCUCACGCCCAAACUUUGUGAAAAAAAAUUACAAAAAAAUCUUGGGGAAAUACAAUAAAUAUAUUCUUGUAAGCAGGAAUAUCACUUUUCUUAUGGACCCAGUUGUACUAUUUUGAACCUCAGUCAUACCAUAAAAUAAUGUUUAUUAAAUGUCUGAACAGAACUCCA